AUGUCAGGCCAAAGCCAACGUUUGAAUGUUGUUCCAACUGUUACAAUGCUUGCAAUUGUCAAAGCUCGUCUCGUUGGUGCAACGAGAGGUCAUGCCCUUCUAAAGAAGAAAAGUGAUGCUUUGACUGUACAAUUCCGUCAAAUUCUCAAGAAAAUUGUGUCGACGAAAGAAUCAAUGGGAACUAUCAUGAAAUCUUCAUCUUUUGCACUAACCGAAGCCAAGUAUGUUGCAGGUGAGAACAUCAAGCACAUUGUCCUAGAAAAUGUCGAGAGUGCAUCUGUUAGAGUUCGGUCACGCCAAGAGAAUGUUGCAGGCGUUAAGCUGCCUAGAUUUCAGCAUUUCACGGAAGGUGAGACAACUAAAAAUGAUCUGACUGGACUGGCGAGAGGUGGGCAACAGGUACAGGGAUGUCGUGCUGCUUAUCUGAAAGCCAUUGAGGUUCUUGUCGAUCUUGCAUCUCUCCAAACAUCAUUUCUGACCCUUGAUGGGGCUAUCAAGACCACAAAUCGCAGGGUCAACGCCUUGGAGAACGUUGUUAAGCCAAGAUUGGAAAACACCGUGGUUUAUAUCAAAGGCGAGUUGGAUGAACUAGAAAGGGAGGAUUUCUUUAGACUAAAGAAGAUACAAAGUUACAAAAAGAGAGAGAUUGAAAAACAGCAGGAAGUUGCCAAAAAAUUCAAUUUUGAGACGAAAGGGGCAACGUUCUUAUCUGCAACUCGAAUGAAAGAUGAAGACAUAAUAUUCUGA